AUGGGAAUAGUCGCCAGCUUCCUCCACUUUUGGCAUCAUUUCGUCACCUAUAGCGGCACCCCCGUCGUUUUUUGGACAAGACCCAAUUGGUCGGUCGAUCAGAUCCCUGAUCAGUCCGGUAAAGUCGUCCUCAUCACCGGAGGUAACUCGGGGACCGGAUACGCAUCUGCCCUUGCCCUAUACAACGCUGGAGCCAGCGUGACCAUCGCUUGUCGAUCUCUUGCCCGCGGCCAAGAGGCUGUAGAGGAUAUCAAGAAGAACGGCGACAGAGGUAUUUGGGGUGUGCGCUACGAUAAGCGAACCCCGGCAGAAGAGAGCAAGCUUGGGAGUAUCGACGUCCUCGCACUUGACCUCGCAGAUCUGGCCAGUGUCGAACAAGCUGCCGACGAGUAUAAACUUCGGGUGAAAAGGCUAGACCAGCUUUACUUGAACGCUGGCAUCAUGGCCGUUCAGGAAGGUCAAUGGACAAAGCAAAACUACACUCUUCAAUUCGGCAGUAUGGUCCUCGGACACCAGCGUCUCACUACCCACCUCCUUCCCAUCCUGCUCUCUCCCCGAUCAGAGCCCGCUAGGGUGAUCAGCCUCUCUUCGGUCGGACACAACUUUGCCCCUCCUGGUGGCAUUGACUAUACCUCGGUUUUGCGUCAUCCUGACGAUGUGGCCAAUCCCGACGGAUCUCCCAAGAAGGGAAAAAAUGAAUUAGAGAGGUGGCCAGAGUAUGGGCAAGCCAAGUGGGGCAAUAUUGCCAUGGCAAAAUACCUUGCAGACGCAUAUGACCCGAAGGAAGUGAUUGCGGUCGCUGUGCAUCCUGGAUCGAUAGCGACUAAUCUGGGAAAUCAUAUUGAUUUCGUGGGCUGGGCGGCAUCAAAGGCCCAUUGGGCUCUAGCCCCGAUGACCUUUUCCCCAUCUCAAGGCGCGCUCAACCAGCUCUGGUCUGGCACCCUACCCGCCAUGCAAGCCCUGGAGUUAAACGGCAAGUAUGUGGUACCCUUCAGCCAUGUAUUGGAUCCCAGAGCGGACCUAUUGGGAGAAGAGGGUAAGGAGAGGGCGAGGAAGCUCUGGGAGUGGUGCAAUGAGCAGGGUAAAAAGUUCGAAUAG